AUGAGUCUUGAAAUUACCUCUUGGUUUACUGAAGCGAAGAAGCUGAUCUAUGGAUAUCUAACCGUUCUCUUCUCAAUGAUGGUUGGUGCCUUCACGGAAAAGCAUAAUCCUCGUCAGAGGAUCUCCAAGCAGCGUGCACUGGAUGAACUACGUGUAAUUCGCGAGAGCGGUCUAAGAGAAAAUGAAAAAGUUGUUGAUCUGUGGAAGAUGUCACUUCGUGAUUGUAUAAACAAGUUGGGUUAUGAAAAGUAUACAAUUUUGGAGCAGGUGUUCAUUGCCGCGCUGGAUGUUGGCGAUGAAGAUUUGGCUUGUGAAUGUCUUGAUCACUUAUUGGCGAAAUUUCGAAAUAGCUCCCGUGUUAACCGCCUGUUCGGUAUGUAUCUGGAAAGUAAAGGCAACUUUGAAGAUGCUCAAACUAUAUAUGCUAAACUAAUAAAGGACGAUCCAACGAAUACAUUGGCGCGUAAACGAAUGAUUACAAUUUUAAAAGCCCAACAAAGAAUACCUGAAGCAAUUAAUGAGCUGAGGGAAUAUUUAAAAAUAUUUAUGAGCGAUUUCGAAGCAUGGAAUGAGUUGGCGGAUCUUUAUCUUUCGGAAGGUGAUUACAAACACGCUGCAUUUUGUUUGGAAGAAAUGAUUCUAUCAAAUCCCUCGAAUCAUCUCUACUGUCAACGUUAUGCUGAAAUUAAAUAUACCGAAGGGGGUACAGAAAAUCUAGAGUUGGCUAGAGCUUAUUAUACACAAGCUUGUCUAUUAUGUCCAAAUAAUUUACGCAGUUUAUACGGUCUGCUGCUUACAUGCUCAGCUCUAGAUCAUCAUUUAACAAAGUCAAUUGGAAUGCUGUCACUAACAGCAGAUAAUAAACAACAAAAUGGACCAUGUACAACGAACACUUAUACAUCAGCAUCAUCAAAUAUUAUUGACGGGAAUCUUAACGCUAAUCAUCACCCUCAUCAUCAUCAUCAUCAAAGUAAUCACAGUAGAAUGAAUACAAACAGUCAGUCAUUGUUGAAACAGCAGCAGCAACAGCAGAGCACUGGUGGAUUUAGCGCUAUAUCACCAAGUCUAUCCAAUACAGAAAAGAAUCGACAGUUGGCUAGAUGGGCUGCUGAACAGAUUCGUUUGGUUUAUAUGUCGGCCAAUCGAAAUCCUGAGGUGUUAUCGUCUUCCACAAAAUGCUGUGUCAAAUCGUCCCCUAAACGCGUAUUAAAUCAGCCUACACCAAAGAAACCGAUUCAACGCACCACUGUAACGCCUAAAAGUGAUAAUGCUAAUAUACCACCAUCACCACAACCACCAUCACCUGACCAUGUAAACAUGAACUACCCCACUGACGAUGGUGAUAACAAGAAUACAGAGACUGUUGACAGUGAUUCUGCUUCUGAUGGUGAUGAUGCCGACGAUGGCGACGACAACAACGAUGUUGAUGCAGACGCAUCGCUUGAUACUCCAACGGAUUCUGACCACUCUGAUCGAAAUGAUGAGGAUUGUGAUAAUAAUAAUAAUAAUAAAAAGAAUAAAUAA